AUGGGUAAAAGUAGUAAAGACAAGAGGGACCUGUAUUACAGAAAAGCCAAAGAAGAAGGUUAUAGAGCAAGAUCUGCCUACAAAUUGCUUCAGUUGAAUGAGGAGUUCCACUUUCUAGAUGAUCCAGAGCUGAAGCGUGUUGUUGAUCUUUGUGCAGCUCCUGGCUCAUGGUCGCAGGUGCUCUCGCGGAAGCUAUUUGCUGAAAGAGAGCCAGUGGCAGAUGGUCAAGAAGAUGACCGUAAGAUCAUCGCCGUUGAUUUGCAACCUAUGUCACCAAUAGAUCAUGUUAUAACAUUACAAGCAGAUAUUACCCACCCAAGAACACUAGAGAGGAUAUAUGAGCUCUUCGGAAAUCAGAAGGCUGAUUUUGUCUGUAGUGAUGGUGCACCAGAUGUUACAGGUUUGCAUGAUCUUGAUGAAUAUAUUCAACAUCAAUUAAUCAUGAGCGCCUUACAACUAACUACUUGUGUUCUGAAAAGAGGAGGUACAUUUGUUGCGAAGAUUUUCAGAGGCAGAGACAUUGAUAUGUUAUACUCACAAUUAGGUUAUCUAUUCGAGAAGAUAGUUUGUGCCAAGCCCAGAUCAUCAAGAGGUACCUCACUAGAGGCAUUCAUUGUCUGUAUAGGAUACAAUCCACCAGCUGGCUGGGAACCUAAACUUGAUGUGAACUCAUCUGUCACAGAGUUCUUCGCAACCUGUGACCUUGGAAAAUUAUCGAUUGACGACACGUUACAACCAUGGAAAGACCAGCCUAGGUCAAUUGCAGAUUUUAUGGCAUGCGGAUCGUUAUCGAGCUACGACUCAGAUGCCACAUAUCAUGACCUUCCGAAGUAUGGUGUCGCAUUAGACCCCGUACAGGCCCCAACCAACCCACCUUACAAGAGGGCCUUGGAGCUGAAAAGAGACGGAAAGUUAACUAGAAACAUAUAG